CCUUUUAAUCCUUGCUCGUUCAUCCUUUCUUAACUUUCUCUUCUCUUCGUCUUCAUUUCCUACCGUUUUCAUAAUCCAACUGACUUCAUCUUCAAUCCAACUGGUUCAGUUAAGUCAGUCAGUUACCAUGUCCGCCGAUCAAUCCAAGUCGCUCUUAGAGCGCGUCGAGAUUCCCGCUGGUCUGUCGCCGGAUUCGGCGAGGAAGAUUGCGCAUCUGGAGGAGGAGUUUACCCGGGCGGAGGUUGAGAUGUUGCGCAAGUCCGUCCCCCUUCUCCGUCCCCUCUACGAAAAGCGCAAUCAGAUUAUCAACACCCCCGACGUCCAGUCUGACUUCUGGAUCCGCGUCUUCUCCAACGCUCCCGCCGAAAUCGACGAAUAUGUUCUCCCCUCUGACGCUGCGGCGCUGGGAAGCCUGACCAAUCUGACCGUCGAGCGGUUUGAGGUCAACGACAAGGGUCAGGGUGAGCCGCGCAGUCUCCGGUUUACCUUCGAGUUCCGUACUGGCGAGGAGAACCCGUUCUUUGAAAAUGCUAAGCUGGUAAAGGACUUCUACUGGCGCAAGCAGGUCACCAAGACUGCCAAGGGGAAGCGGAGGACCUGGGAAGGUCUUGUCUCAGAGCCCGUCCGGAUUAACUGGAAGAAGGACAUGGAUUUGACCAAGGGCCUGUUGGAUGCUGCUUGUGACUUGGCCGAUGCGGAGAAGAAGCAGGGAAAAUCGAAGGCCCGCAAGGACCUCCCCCAGUUUGAGACACUGGUGAAGAAAGUCGCCGAGGUCGAGGAACAAGCUCUAAACGCCGAUGAUGAGGAUGAGGAAGAUGAUGAGGAUCCUUUGGCUGGGAAGAGCCCUGCCGGCGUCAGUGUCUUCGCCUGGUUCGGUUACCGUGGAAGAGACGUGUCCGUGGAACAGUCCAAGGAGGCGGAGAAGGAGGAUGAAGAACGACGGGCUAAGAUCGCCAAAGGCGAAGAGGUCGACGAUGAUGAAGACGACGAAGACGAUGAGGAUGACGAAUUGGCCGAUGAACUCGAAGAUGCCGAAAUCUUCCCUGAUGGAGAGGACUUUGCUAUUGCUCUUGCCGAAGAUCUCUGGCCCAAUGCCUUGAAAUACUAUGUGCAAUCGUACGAGCUUGCCGAGGAUUUCUCUGACUUCGACGUCGAAGAAGAGGAAGAGGAGGAAGAUGAUGAAGAUGAUGAAGAGUCGCGUCCUCGCAAAAAGACCAAGGUCUAA